CCUCAAGUGUCGCCGCAACAACUUGUAGGAAUGUCGUAAAACGUGGAUUUCGACACCGAUAUUGUUUUAUUGACCACAACACAGCCCAUUAGAUCACCGUGCUCGAGGAUUAUGGUACUGGAACGCUAUCUGCAGUGAGUGGGAUUAAUUUUGUGUUUACGUCUACUAUCAGACAAUGUAUGCACGCAGCUGGAAGUGUGUUCGGCCGCCAUCAUGUAAAGAGAAGGGAUGUUAUUUGUGUGUUCUUUCGGCACCGACUUCAGAAAUGUAGCCCGGUAAAAGUGGAUUUAUUUGACGAUAAUGGAGGUGAUUUGGCUUCAUACGAGAUGGAGACAACGCUGCAAGUAGCAUAGAGAGAAAUGGGGAAGAAAAUUCAAUGUAUCGGCCGUUAUGUUUUGGACGGCAAAACACUCGGUAAAGGGAAUUUCGCACGAGUGGAACUAGCGACACAUAACGUUACAGAUUGUAAGGUUGCUGUGAAAAUAAUCGACACACGGAAAAUCAAGGAGGAGUACCUGAAACAGAACCUCCAUAGGGAGGCGAGAAUUCUCGGGCAGUUGCGCCAUCCCAAUAUUAUACGUCUCUAUGAGACACUUAAGGCCACUACGUUAUACUGCCUUGUUACGGAAUAUGCAUCGGGUGGGGAAUUACUGACUUAUAUUAAAAUGCACCAAGAAUAUCGGUUGUCAGAGGAUAAAUCACGCAUUUAUGUUCGUCAGCUGGUUUCUGCUCUACACUAUCUUCACGAGAGGGGUGUGGCACACAGGGACUUGAAGAUGGAAAACAUUAUGCUAGAUGAGAAACGAAAAAAUAUCAAACUUUGUGAUUUUGGCUUGAGUAACACAUUCUCUGACCAGGAGUUAAUGAAGACACAUUGUGGUUCCCCUGAGUAUGCAGCCCCAGAAUUAUUUUCUGCAGGAGAGAAGUAUGGAAAGGAAAUUGAUAUAUGGAGUCUCGGUGUCGUCAUGUAUGCAAUGAUGGUGGGCAAACUACCAUUCACAACCCCGUACACAGACCAGUACCGCCGCAUCAAACUCCUGCAGCAGAUAGAGAAGGGACUGGUGGACGAACACCAUAAGGAGAUGGCUCACCUUUCUCUGGAUGCCCGAGAUCUGAUACAGAAGAUUAUAGAACCCUCCCCAGCUCAACGUCUUCCACUGAUGGACAUCGAGAUUCACCCAUGGCUAACAGCGGGCUCGAAGAUGCCAUUCUACCCAUUUGUCGCCCUUCCUCGUGAUAAAGCCAUGAAAUCUGUGGUCAUAACUGAAGUUGCCACUUUGAUGACUAUCAAGAAAGAUGUGGUGGAACAAACAGUCCAUGAAAACAAGUUUGAUGAAUUGUCAGCCAUGUAUAAUAUGAUUCUAGACAAAAAACGACUAGCUCAAGGUAUUUUUAAUGUUGACCACACGUUGAAGUGUGAACACCGCAAUGAAGGCAAAGCUCCCCGCAAGCACCGGUCCAAGUCUACACCCCGCACAGACAAUGAUAGUGAUGCAAAAUCCAAAACCAAAACAGGAAAAGUGCCUCCAGCCCUGGUUCUGACUGCCAACAUCACGGUCGAGUCAGCUCCACACAGUGCCACCGGUUUGGGUACAGCACCCCAGGAGUAUGUCAGCACCACCAGCACAAACUUCGACUUCCUAGCUCUGUGCAGUCAACCCACCUGGCUCGGAGUCGACAGGCGCAGGUCACGCAGAAGGUCAAGGUCACCAGGUCCCAUGUCCCCAGCAGCCCAUUCGGGCUCAAUGAAGAAAAAGAGGGACAAAGAAAAGGAAAAACAUUCCCACUCCCAGGAGGGUGCCGGGGCACUGCUUUCUCCUGGAAACGUUGGAAGCACUGAAGCUGUUGAAAGUCAUUCUGAUGCAAUGAAAGGAGAAGACUCACAUUUUCUGUCUCCCAACGUUGUGCAUAGCAGCAAUCUGACACUUCUAGUGCCUCAAAGCAAGCCCCAUGGUCUGCAGAGGGUCAGCUCCUUGCGGCUUUCCAAAAAACGUUCCAAGUCGUGCGGGCCACGCGGGAAGGGCCCCCUCCAGAGGUCCAGUUCAGCCGACGUGCCGGACGCGUCCCAUGUUAUUGAACCCAUUGUGCCAAUAACCCUGGAGGUGCCCAAGCAGAGCCCCAUUCCCAGACCCGCCAAUCUGGUUCUUAAAGAGUGCUUGACGUCUGCUUCCUCUGUUAAGUUGAAGGCUUUGACGGCAGGAACCAACGGACCCAUCACCAGCGUGGACGUACACUUCUCGGACAGUUCCAAUCCAUGCUCAUCUACAGACCUGGUGAAGGGUUCCGAAAACUCUACCUCCUUGUUGACCAACAGGUUGGACGUUCCUCAGGCAGAACUGAACUUGUGUAAAAAUCUACCCAACAAAAAUGUACUAAGGACCACAAACUUAAGUGUUCACAGUCGUAGUGCUGGUGGUGGUGGUGGUCCCCAGUCUACUGCUAGUGUUUCUGGUGGCAGUUUAAGUGUUGUGAAGCCAAAAGACGACCAAGUAUCUGAGUGUGUGAGUGUUGAUGUCUUUCAUGAAAAAGCAGCCAAGCCCUCGUUGAGUAUGAAUAAUACUGUUGAUCACCAAAGCACAUUGGGUGCGCGUGCUAUGCAAUUUGAGGAGUGCACAGACCAUGAUAAAACCAAUUCGUUGUGGACCGAGAAGGAAUCCAGUGGUUUGCAUGAUAACAGGAAAGGUAGAAUAAGUUCUGAAGUCAGGAAAUUAGAAAAGUUAGAUUUAAGAAUUCCUCUUCAAGAGUCGUUCUCGGGUAAGGAUGUGUUCAGUGAUCACUAUUCUGGUCUGGAGAGUGCCGGCUGUGAAAAGAUCAUCGCUCAGGAGCUGGACGACCUCAAACUGCUCGAGAUGGAAGAAUGUGAAGACCUGGUGGACGGCAUUGCAGAUUCUGUUUCAGAAAACGGUGAUGAAACGACCGCACUCAUUCAGACGUCAAAAAACUUGAAACUUUCAAGUCCUGGCUGUUUGAAACCUUCUGCAAGGAGAAAUGGCCAUGAGACGCAGGUGACCUUGGAUGAGAUAGAAGUAUUAGAUCUUGUGGAUCAGACUGACAUGGCCUCAUGCUCCAGUCAGUCGGCAAAAAGACCAAACAGUGUGGGAUCUUCAAAGAGUGCGAAAAAGGGAAGUGGUGGAUCACGCAGUAGCUCAACACGUUCUCAGAAGUACUUGACAGGACCGAAGCUCAAAACUCCAACCACCCCAACGUGGAUGGUUCUCAAGACGCCCAUAGCUCGCAUUGAAAGUUUUCACAGUGAUGAAUUUGAGUACUACACAUCGGAGCCCGACAGGGGGGAUCGAAACUCAUUGAAUUCCAUGUCUCCUCUCUCUGUGAACACACCUACAGUGCCAUGUUUCGCUUACAAACUUAAUUUAGGUAAAAAGAAACCACCAAAGUUAAAAAAGACCAAGUCAAAAAUGGAUUCCCUUUCAAAGAGUACUGAAGUUGUUAAAAGUUUGUCUCAGGAGAGAAAUGCACAUGGCAGGUUGGAACCUGUGUUAACAGACCCCCUGUUGAGUUCGGGCAGUGAGACGGAGCACCACGAUGAGCUUUACGACAAAGUAACAGGAACAGGGAAAUCAAAAAUACAUCCAAUGGAUAUGGAUGAUCAAGACACCGAAGUGUUGAGCAAGAGUUCGAAAGUGAGCCGGGCGGGAAACAACCAGAAAGUGUCGCACACGAAUUCCAUCACCAAACAGCCAAACCAAAUCCAGAACUCCGUGAAUCGGCAUUCAAAAAACUUUCCAAGCCACGACACCAAGAAAAAAAUCAGCGUAAAAGGAUCCCCUUGGAGAAAAAGCUUUGCCCAAUUCCUGAAGAGGAAGAGGUUGAACUAUAGGCUGACUAGCAACAACAACAACAACGACUGCUCCACCGCCACACAGGAACAGUCGACGAGAAACGGCCACGCCCCAAGCAGUCCCGUCUCCAAGACAACAGAACCCCCAGGUCCAGAGGAAAACAGACUGACGUCUUCCUCUGGUCUUGUGGGUAACAAUAUUACAGAUGUUAUAGAACUCCAGUCAUCCCCACUACUGCACUCUCCCAGCCCCACACACCGAGUGUUUGACUUCACACUCGUCACUGACUCACCGAAAGGAAAAUCGUGCCUUCUGAGCUGGAGAGCUUGUCGAGACUGCGGCAUCAGCGACCAGUCGUCAGAAGAGGGGAGUGAGUGUAAUAUUCCACUGGAGACUGAUGUGAAUUUGUCUCUAAAGGCACUGUCAGACUUGAACAACAUUCAGGACCCCACCCGCACGUUCACUGCCUACCAGUUCACACAGACAUGAUCGCAGACUGUCUCUAGACAUCUAGUAAAUCUCAAGUGCAUCCAGCAUCCCACCCAAAUGUUCAUCACCAACACGUUCAUACAGACAUAGCUACAACUUGUUUGAAGAUCUCUAGCAAAUAUCUAGUCUUCUGGCUCAUCGGUGGUUCUCUUGAAAUUGCCAACAUUGAAAAUUCUCAUCCAAACCUUCACUACAUACUUCUUGUAAACAUCUGUUUACCGUCCACUACUGCAAAUAUGAUACACUUUUGCAGAUGUCAUCACCCUUCGCUUCUGAAAAAUUGCAUCCACCUUCUACUUCUUGAAAAUGACAUCCACCCUCCUUGAAAAUGACAUCCACCCUCCUUGAAAAUGACAUCCAUUCUCCUUGAAAAUGACAUCCACUCUCCUUGAAAAUGAUAUCCUUCCCUUCAGAAAUUAUCCACACACCACUUCCAUAGAUGACAUCCUCCGCCACGACUCACAGAAUGUGAUCUACUCAACUCUGCAAAUAUAUCCACCCCUACUCUUACAGAAAUAAUAUUCUCCCUCUUUGAAUUCACCGAUCUGCAGUUGAUAUUCCACCACCCUGCAGAAAACAUCCACCCUUUUCUAUAGACAAUAUCAUUCCUCCAUUCCCAUCCAGACACCACCCACCUUCCUCAAUACACUGAAGAUCACCUUUUUUCAAUUUUUUUGCAAUUGACCACAAAUGUUUGAGAGGACAUUACUGUAAGUUCAUUCUCGUCUAUUUAUCCUUUUUAUUCUUAAUUACGAUGAAGUGGAAUGUCUGAUUGUUUCUGACUCUUGAAUGGCUGGUCAUCGAGUUAAAAACAGUCAGCAUUUCUCUUCUCGUUUAAAUUGUUGAAAGGUUUACGGUUAAUCUGAAAGUGAACAGAUUGAGGGAAGUUUGCUCACUACUCCCUUUUUCUCUGUUUUUGUGGGGACGAUUUUCCGACCACUGUCAGAGGUUGCUCCCAAUACAGACGUGCUUGAACCUUGGUGGAUUGGGACAUCCACAGAGACUGGACCGUGACUGCAGUCAGUGUUUUGUUAUCUUGGGUCUCCUCAUCUGUGAUAUUCAUAACGGAUGCUCAGAAGUUUUUCUUAAAGAGAAUUUGACAGAAAAAUGUUCUUUCAUUUUUCUACUUCUAAUUUGUCUUCAAUGUCUACUCCAUGGCAGGAUUCUUGAUCUCUUGGGGGGUCACGUGUUCUAAGAAAUGUCAUUCAUGUGGUUUCUGUUGGUGAAAGGCAAACAAAAGGCACUAUUCCAGUCAAUAUAGUCAUUGCAGUAAUGGUGUGUGUGCCUGUCGGCUGAGGUGUGUUUUUAUAGUGUCAUGGGUGUUAGUGGCUUUGUAUCGUUCUCUUCUCAAAGGGAUCGCAUUAUUUUAUUUGCUCUUGGUAACAAAAGCUGGAGUUCCAAAGUGUAAGGAACAAAGUGAAAAAGAAGAAAAAACCAUUCCAAUAUUAUUUGAGUAUAAUAUGAUGGCAAAGAUUUCAGGAUAUUUGAUAGUAAUAAGUUGGUUUACACUAAAACAAAUUCCAAUAUUCAUGACAAACUGUGAUUUAAACAAAUUAUUAUUAUUAUUACUAUUAUUAUUGUCCAUUUUGCUUAUUAUAUGUGAAAUGGACUUUUGAAUUUUAUUGUACAUGUUUGUGUCAUUUCCAUAUUGUUUUUGUUUUUUUUUAAAGUUUUCUUCUGGUAAGAAAACACUCUUAUUCAUAUUGAACACGGAGCAGUUGGGUUGUUUGUUUUUUGACAAUUAUUACUUAUUUAUUCAUAAAUAUUGCAAAUAUGUUCACUGUUAUUCACCACUGUACAUAGUAUAAAUAGAGUUAUUUAUGACAUUAUUCAUCAGAUGAAAUGUUUUUUCUCAUUAACAAGCUGUGAUAUACUGAGUCAUUUCUUCCUGCUGUUGUCCGUCUGUUGGGAGUUUGUCUGUCUGUCUGUCUGUCUGUCUGGUGAUGGGGAUGAAUGGUUAAUAGUUAGAACAAGCUGCCAAAGGUAAAUUGCACACCUUGCUAUCUCCAGUGGCAUCCCAAGCUAUAUACAUAUACAUAGCUUGUAGCAACACAAAUACAUGGGUUUAAAUUCCAGCAUAUCUAACAUGGUAAUUUUCUUUUCUUUUUUCUUUUUUCUUUUUUUUUUUGGCUGUAUUCUGUUUGGGUUUUUUUGGGCUGUAUUCUGUUUGGUCUUUUUUGGCUGUAUUCUGUUUGGUUUUUUUUGGCUGUAUUCUGUUUGGUCUUUUUUGGCUGUAUUCUGUUUGGGGUUUUUUGACUGUAUUCUGUUUGGUCUUUUUUGGCUGUAUUCUGUUUGGGUUUUUUUGGCUGUAUUCUGUUUGGUCUUUUUUGGCUGUAUUCUGUUUGGUCUUUUUUGGCUGUAUUCUGUUUGGUCUUUUUUGGCUGUAUUCUGUUUGGUCUUUUUUAGCUGUAUUCUGUUUGGUCUUUUUGUAUGAACAUUUGUUGUGAGUAACUUUAAAGUGACAGACCCUAGUUUUUAAACACUAUGGCGUAUUUUUUACUAUUGGAGCCAUUUUUGAUAAUUAAAAUCUUAUAUUACUAGAUUUUAUUGUUUACGUUAUCCAUUUCCAUACAUCCGAAGUGUUUCUAAUCAUCCUGGUGUUUCUAAGACCACGAAAUGCAUUUUUCAUAUUUUUAAAAACAUGCUUACUUCUGAGAAAUAUCGGUUACAGAGAUGAGCUCUAGUCUACUUUUAAAGGGUGUUUUUCUGUUUUAACUUAUAUAGACUCUUUGUUUCUCUCUAUUGUAACUUCAUCCACAUGUGUUACAGGUUUGUAGAUUAACCAAACUUAGUGUAAAUUUUCAAAAGGUUGAAACUAGGGUCUGUGACAUUUAAUCUGGAAUGACAACUCGGAGAAUAACAAUUUUGGUAAAACAAUAACAGGGCUACUGAUAUAUAUUUACUAAGCAUUUUAAUACAAUUCUGAUCACAUUUUACAUUAAUUCUAACAUUAUUGUAUUUGUCAUCAUCACGGAAACUAAAAAUUUUAAUAAACAUCAUUGCAAAAGAAUUUAUAUGGUUAAAACAAAUUGUUACAAUAAAUUACUGUCAUGUCAUGUGCAGCAUUUAUUCCAUACAGAGAAGGCUGUAGUUGACAAAUUGUUUUAAUUUUUUUUUGUAAUACCUGGUAAUUCCUUAAAGGGAUGUGAAGUAAUAAAAAUAUAUGUGUGACUGUGUUAUAAAAAACUCAUGAAUACAGUAUAUAUACGACUUUUUAUUAAAACAGUUAGCAAAACGUCAUUAGUUCAUAGAAAAAAACUUUUUUAUUUUAAACUGAUUACACAAAGUAGCAGAUUUCAUUAUUUUUAAAUUGUGGAAAAAAAGUCUCAGCUUGCUAAUAUCUAAUAUUCUGAAAUAUUAUUUUAAAUGCAUGUAUUAACUAAAUAACUUCAAAAAUCUCAAAUUUAAAUUCUGGCAGAAAAUAUCUUUAGUUAAUAAUUCUUUGUUGAUUUUGUUUGAACUAGAGGUAAAGUAAACUUUAGUGAUUUACCUUUGACAUCUCAUUAUAGAUCAAACCUUGACUUGGAACAAUUAUGUGUUUUUUCUUGAAGGCUUUAUUUAUUUUGCAUACAGAGUAUGAUGUAUGUUAUGUUAGAAGAAAAAACACUGUGUUUACAUUUAAAACAUCAAAAUAUUUGUCAAAAUAUCACUUCUACAAUAAUAGAGAAAUUAUCCGGUACAGGAACUACAAAUUUUUCAAGAGUUCACUACUAAUUGAGAAAUAAAAAUAAUAAUUACACAAGUACACAUGUGGCGGACUUUACCAAGCCUGUUUUUCUUACACACAUGUAAAUGUAUUUAGUUACACAUAUGUAAGACAUAACAGUCUUUGUAUAUUUGGCCCAUACAGUUUUUGCCAUAAGACUCUAGCUACAUAAACUAUAAGAAAAAAAUAUUUUUACAUUCCAUUCAUAAUAAAAAUUAUUAAGAAAGAAUCACUAGUUUAUAAUGAUUCUUCUUGAUAACAUUAUUUGGUCACAAUUAUUUGUAAACAUUUAGAAAUAUAAUUUGCUCAUAAUUACAUUAAGAAAUAUCUAUUCACAAAAAGCUUAAUUUAAUUUCUAUAACAGUUUUAUACUAUAACAAAGCUAGAAUUCCUGUUUGCACCGAGAUAUAAAUGAAUAAGAUAAUAAAACAGAACUCUCAUUGAGGUUCAGUUGGUAAUAGGAUUGGUUACUCUCGGUGGAUCUAUUAUUUCCUAUUCCAACGGUGCCCCACUACUGGUGUAUCAAAGAUUGUGCUGUGUGGAAGGUCAUGUUUUAUGUUCCAACAACAAAUAAAAUUAUAGCACAUGUAUUUACUACAUUACAACAGCUUGUGGUAAGAACGAAAGAUAGUGAAUGUUAAUUAACUACAUGCACACUUGCAGUAAUGACACAAACCAAUCCACACAUGAAGACAGAUAAUUACUGAUGCUUAUUUGCAUAGGUAGCUUGAAUAAAUGUUUUAUUUUAAUACUUAAGUUAAAACAGAUUUUCACAUAAAGAAAUUAAUUUUCUUCAAAAGAACAGUCUAUUAAUAGUAUGAAUAUGGAAUAUUUGAAUUGUUGCGCUUUUAAAAAAAAUCUAAAACUUUUAGUUUUGAUUGGGUUUUUUGUGACGAGAUUCUAGAAUAGGACACAUUAUUCUAUUGUCUUUUACUGACAUCUUCAUCUCUAUCAGCACCUUUUGAAUAUAUUUUCAUGUUUUGCCGUAGCACAUUGUACAUUAUUAAAAUUCAUUCUAUGCAAAAGUAGACUGUGAAAGCUAUUUUAUGACAUGAAAUAACUGUCUGGAAUAGAUUUAACUAGGCUAUCAGGAGGUAUUAUGGAACACAAUUGGUUGUUGAUUGUUUCAAGUGAUUUGUGAAUAUCAUGUGAAGAUCAAAAUGAAGUUAAGUAGAAAUACAGUUUGUGAAUUUUUGUAAGCAAGUCAUGAUUGCUUUCUUGGUUGACAAAGCAGUACUGUAGAUUUUUUCUUGUAUGCAAUUUGAUGAAAUAAUUAAAUUGAUUGCUUCAUUUAUGCAACCAUCUUAUAAUGAGCACCAGUGUUUGUACAUGGUUAAAACAAUUUGCAAAUCUUCAGUAGAAUUUUUAGAAUAUUUUGGUAUUUGAAUAAUUUUUGUAUUUAUUUUAUCUUUUCCCCCCCUUUUUUUUUGGUGCAAAAAUGCCUCAAUUACAUCUAACAAUUUAAAAUUAGGCUGUUGAAUUUACAAAGAAACUAUUGGCUGUUAAACUGAACCUAAUAUGGUACUUAAGUCUCCUGGCUGUAGUGUACAGUUUGUCAAAAAGUUCAUAUAUAUUUAGAUUUAGGACCUCCACGAGUCCAAAAUAUUGGGACUCGAGGGCAAACUCGACUCGGACCCAAGUACCCGACACUUACACUAAAGGAUAAUGAAACUAAGGAAUAAAGUAAAAGAGCAUUAUGCAUCUUAAUUCCAGCGCUGAACAUAGAUGCCAAAUCAUGCCAUUGUAUUGUAUUCC